AUGAAUUCAAAUGUGAAAAUUCUAUUGAAUCGAGUGGAGAAAUCGCCCAACCAGGAAAUCGACAUUCGUGGCUUCAUAUGCGAUAUGGCGCUGGAUAUAAUCUGCGAGACUGCCAUGGGUACCAAUGUAGGUGCACAGUCGGAGACUGAUGAUAAGGAGGCCUACAGAAGACCAAUUGAAAUUGCCACUGAGCAACUGGUGGGUCGUUUUGUGAAUCCAUUUUAUCGCAGUGAUCUCAUCUACAAUCUGUCGGCUGAUGGCAAAGAGAAUCGACGUGUUAUGGGUAAAAUUCAUCAGUUUGUGAAAAAAGUGAUUAAAGAGCGAAAAGAGUUUAUUCAAAACAAACUUCAAAAGGAAAACCAGUGCGAGAUGACCACCGAAGAGCCACUAGUCAAAGAUAAGCACCCUUUUCUUGAUUCACUUUUGCUCACACACUUCAAGAAUCCUCUUGAAUUUACGGAAACUGAUAUUCUUGACGAAGUCAAUACCUUCAUGGUCGCUGGUCAUGAUACCACAGCUGAAG